AUGGGGGCCUCGGUGUGGGGCUCUGUUGUUGGGAAUGGGGGCCCUCGGUGUGGGGCGCUGUCGUUGGGAAUGGGGCCUCGGUGUGGGGCUCUGUCGUUAGAAAUGGGGGCCUCGGUGAAUGGGGGCCCUCGGUGUGGGGCUCUGUCGUUGGGAAUGGGGGCCUUGGUGUGGGGCUAUGUCGUUGGGAAUGGGGCCCUCGGUGUGGGGCUGUCGUUGGGAAUGGGGGCCCUCGGUUUGGGGCUCUGUCGUUGGGAAUGGGGGCCCUCGGUGUGGGGCUUUGUUGUUGGGAAUGGGGCCCUCGGUGUGGGGCUCUGUCGUUGGGAAUGGGGGCACUCGGUGUGGGGCUCUGUCGUUAGAAAUGGGGGCCUCGUGUGGGGCUCUGUUGUUGGGAAUGGGGGCCCUCGGUGGGGGGCUCUGUCGUUAGAAAUGGGGGCCUCGGUGUGGGGCUCUGUCGUUAGAAAUGGGGGCCUCGGUGUGGGGCUCUGUCGUUGGGAGUGGGGCUCUGUCGUUGGGAGUGGGGGCCUCGGUCUGGGGCUCUGUCAUUGGGAAUGGGGGCCUCGGUGUGGGGCUCUGUCGUUGGGAAUGUGGACCCUCGGUGUGGGGCUCUGUCGUUGGGAAUGGGGGCCCUCUGUGUGGGGCUCUGUCGUUGGGAAUGUCGGCCCUUGGUGUGGGGCUCUGUCGUUUGGAAUGUGGACCCUCGGUAAAUGGGGGCCUCGGUGUGGGGCUCUGUCGUUAGAAAUGGGGGCCUCGGUGUGGGGCUCUGUCGUUGGGAGUGGGGGCCUCGGUCUGGGGCUCUGUCGUUGGGAAUGUGGACCCUCGGUGCGGGGCUCUGUCGUUGGGAAUGUGGACCCUCGGUGCGGGGCUCUGUCGCUGGGAAUGUGGACCCUGGGUGCGGGGCUCUGUCGUUGGGAAUGGGGGCCCCUGAGGAUGGAGAGCGGGUGA